AUGGCGACCGUGUCAGGGCGCAGAGAUGCUAAGCAACAGCCAGCUGUGACGGUUUUCAGUGCUACUUGUUCGGAUAGGGAUCUCUUCCUGAUGAUCACGGAGCAGGGGUUGAUCCUGCUGGCGGUGCUGGAGAGGCUCGCGGGGUGCGUGCUGACAGAGCUGCGGCGUGCUGCCGCUGCUGUCGCCGCUGAAGAGAGCCCCGACUCUGCCCCUGCUGCGAAUUCGCAGUCCGAUGACAGCGAUCACCUCCAGAGCAUGCAGGACCUCCAUCAUUUAAUUAAGGAGGUCACCCCCGAUGACUGGCGGUCCUUCAGCUCCUACGUCCCCAAGGCGCCCGCCCGGGAGCAGCCCGAGUUGGAGGCCGACGAGUCGUUAGCGAAGCCCAUGAGGGCAGCUGCAAAAGAGCGGCGGGAGCUUGCAGCCAAGAAGAGGCACGAGAUAUGGGGAGAGCCUUGGAAAGACAAAGUUGAGCGAGUACGAGUGGCGUCUCCCUACAGCCGCUACGCGUCGUGGAGUUUGAACGCGGUGAUGGUGAAAGGAGGCGAUGAUCUUCGACAGGAGCUUCUGGCCUCUCAGAUCAUCGAGCAGUUCAGCGCAAUUUUCCAGGAAGCUGGUUUACCACUCUGGCUGAAGGCCACAAAGAACAGGCUCAGCUUCACUUCCCCUUGCUUCGCAUCCCCUGCCCUCGAAGCCAUGACGGAGGCCGAGGCCGUGAUGCGCGACCAGUCCGGGUACAUCACCCACACCUCGAAGAAAGACUUUGGCCCGCUCGAAUUCACGGGGAAGAUCGCAGGUGGGUUGAGGAUGGACUUGAAGAGGCGUCUGCCGCUCUAUGCCAGCGACUGGACAGACGCGUUUAAGGCUGAGAACAUCCAAAAAUCUGUGUCCUCGAUCACGUACUUGUUCAUAGCGGCCCUGGCACCGGCGAUCACCUUCGGGAGCCGCUUCUUGGACGGCACCAACGGUCAAUUUGGAGUGCUGGAGAUGAUCAUGUCCACGUGCAUCAGCGGCAUACUUUUCUCCACAUUCGCAGGGCAGCCUUUGUCCAUCCUCGGAGCUACCGGCCCCUUCCUGGCCUACACCCUCGUCGUCUACGACCUGGCGGAAGCUGUCGACAUUGAGUUCAUGCCCUUCUACUUCUGGACCUGCAUGUGGUGCUCGCUCUUCACCAUCCUCGUCGCGGUUUUCGACCUCUGCGCCCUCAUGAAGCACGUGACGAUGUUCAGUGAAGACAUCUUCGCUGGAUUGAUCUCACUCAUUUUCAUCAUCGAUGGAGCGAGACCCCUCAUUGAGAAUUUCGCCGAUGGUGUAAUGCCCUUGACCAAUGCCAUGUUCGAGAUGCUUCUCUUCCUCCUCACCUUUGGAUUGGCGACCUAUUUGUCACACUUCCGGCGCAAGCCUUGGGCGCUCCGGUCUAUCCGCAACCUCCUGGCCAACUUCGCGGUGACCAUCGCCCUCGUUGUCGCGUCAGCGGUUGCUGCUAUCUACUCCAACGAGACAAACCUGAGGAUGUUGCAGGUCGAUGCAGACUUCUCGCCAAACCUGGUCCUCUCCGAUGGCAGCAAGCGCCCCUGGAUCGUGAACCCCGCGGGCAUCGAGAAGCCCUUCCCUGCUUGGGCCAUUCCUUAUGCCAUUCUUCCGGCCAUUGGCUUUGCAGUGUUGGGGUACCUAGACCAGAACUUGACCUCCGUGAUUGUGAAUAGACCGUCCAACAAUCUCAAGAAGGGCCCUGGAUAUCAUCUUGACCUCUUUGUCCGCGGGGCACUUACCCUGCCAGCUUGCGCCGUGCUCGGCCUUCCCCUUUCUGUGGCCUCCACGGUGCCGAGCAUUACUCACGUGAUCUCUUUGACCACGUACGAUGUGCAGCAGAUGCCGGGAGGUGAGCGUAAGGUGCCGGUGAAGGUGGUGGAGCAACGCGCGACCAAUUUUUUGAUACAUGUGUUCAUCGGUCUCGCACUCUUCCUUGCCCCGGCGCUGAAGCUCCUUCCACGGUCGGUGCUUCAGGGCGUGUUCUUCUACAUGGGAAUCGCCAGCUUGACCGGCAACAACCUCUUUGACCGGCUGAAACUCUGGCUUAUUUGGGAUCCGGCCAAGUACCCCCAGUACCACUACGUGCAGAAGCUUCCCAUCAUGCGUGUGCACUUGUACACCCUCGUCCAAGUGGUUUGCCUCGCAAUCUUGUAUGGCCUCAAGGCCAUCAAGGAGACCUCGGUCGUGUUCCCCUUCUUCAUGGCCUCCUUGGCCAUCGUCCGCAAGGGAAUGAGGUACAUGUUCACCGACGAGGAGCUGAAGCAACUGGACGGUUUGCCGGGACAGGAAGAGGAGGAGGAAGAAGAGGAGGAGGGACCCAAACCUGAUCUCUUGAACCUGGACGUGAAGCCUGCCGGCCAGGACAAGGAAGCCUGA